UUUGAAUUUGUUAUUGGAGUAUAAAUUCAAUUGGGAUUCGUCACACCACCCUAAUUUGGACAGCCUCACAAAUGGAAACUCAUCAACUCUUUCAAACCAAAACCAACUCUAGAUUUAAACGAAUUUGUGUUUUCUGUGGUAGCAGCCCCGGCAAGAACCCAUCCUAUCAACUCGCUGCUCUUCAACUAGCUCAACAACUCGUGGAAAGAAACAUUGACUUGGUUUAUGGAGGAGGGAGCAUCGGCCUCAUGGGUUUAGUCUCUCAAGCCGUGCAUGAUGGUGGUUGCCACGUAUUAGGUGUGAUUCCGAAAACGCUGAUGUUAAGAGAGCUCACCGGAGAAACGGUGGGAGAAGUGCGACCUGUAUCCGGCAUGCACCAACGUAAAGCUGAGAUGGCCAAACAAGCUGACGCAUUUAUUGCCUUACCAGGUGGGUAUGGCACUCUAGAGGAGCUACUUGAAGUAAUCACUUGGGCUCAACUUGGAAUCCAUCAUAAACCCGUUGGGCUGUUGAACGUUGACGGCUAUUACAACGCCCUUCUCUCUUUUAUAGACAAAGCAGUGGCUGAAGGUUUUAUAACACCAGCUGCUCGUAACAUUAUUGUUUCUGCCCAAACUGCCCAAGAACUCAUCUUCAAGCUUGAGUUUGACUUUUAAUGAAGGAUUACAAGCCCAAGCACUGCGGAGUUGAAGGCUGGUGAUAUGAUGUAUGGGAGAUGGAGAUGGAGAUGAAGAAACAACACAAAUGGGUUUCAAAUUUAAAAAUUCAGAUAUUAAUUGCCCGUUGAGUUAGUUUCAUUAUUGUUUUGGACUAGCAUAAGAAAAUAAUAAUAAUAAAAAAAAAAUAGACAAUAACUUUUAUGUCUGUUUUUUGGUGUUCUGAGCUUGGUGACAUCAUAGUUUUGUUUGUUGUUGGCUGUGUUGAUCAUAUCAAGCGUCUUCAUAUAACUUGUAAAUUAAAUAUGUCUGCUUAGAUAUAAUAAAUAUGUGGCGGAACUGAUUCUUAUUACAUUGAUUGGAAUCAGUUAUCCUUCUUCAA